AAAAAUUUCGAACGUGACGGGACGUGUUCGGCGGCUAUGCGGGUAUUUUUAAUCUAAGCCAUCAAAUUCACAGCUACAGUGCACAUAAUUGAUCGGAAAGUCGAAUGCAAUACUUCUAAACGCGGACUGGCAUUGUAGUAAAAAAUUGCAAAAAGCUUCUCGAAUCGCGAGCAUAUAAAAAACCUAAAAAAAGUGUUAAACCAAAUGUUAGUCUAAGCCUAAAGUGUAAACUAGUUUUAACGAAAAAUCCAUACACAAAAAGAAACCGCAAACGUGUUAAGCUAAGCGAAACCAGAAUUUAAACGCGUCGAAAAACCAAACGCUUCCAAAAAACCCCCAAACAAAAAAUAAACUCCAACAAGAUAACCAAGCGAGAAAGAGAGAGAGCUCCAUCGUGUAGCUCUCCCUUGGGCCCAGAAGGACCGCCAUUUCAUCCGCUCCGGUAACCCGUAACUCGGCAAAAUAGCUAAGUCCAUUUUGCAGUUCCUCAAAAAGAAAAAGUCCCAUCAUAGUAGUUCCCAAUCCGGCGAGGGCAAGCUACAGGCGCAGUCCAGUUGCGAGGAGGAGGGCGGAGCGGCAGCGGGAGGAGCCGGAGGAGGAGCCGCAGCGGACCAGGCUACUAGUAGCAGCAGCAGCAGCGGCCCGUCGCCAGCAGCCGCCGCCGCCAAGAGCACGCCCUCCGCCGCCACAAGCACCACGACCGGUUCCGGCUCGGGAGCGGCAGCGGAAGCGACAGGAGCACCAGGUGGUGCAUCCGGAGGAGCAGGAGCAUCUGCAGCAGGAGCUAGCGGUGAGGAUCACGCUCAAGUGUCGGCCAGUGCCACAUUCCGGCUAUCAUCGCUAACUGGAACCAUCUCAAAGAUGGGCAAUAACGCCACCACGUCAAACAAGAAGGUAGACGCCGCUGAGACGGUGAAGGAGUUCCUCGAGCAGGCCAAGGAGGAGUUCGAGGACAAAUGGCGCCGCAAUCCGACCAAUACCGCCGCCCUCGAUGACUUCGAGCGGAUCAAGACACUGGGCACCGGGUCGUUUGGCCGCGUAAUGAUCGUCCAGCACAAGCCCACGAAAGACUACUAUGCCAUGAAGAUUCUCGAUAAGCAGAAGGUGGUCAAGCUGAAGCAGGUGGAGCACACGCUGAACGAGAAGCGUAUCCUGCAGGCCAUCCAGUUCCCCUUCCUCGUCUCGCUGCGCUACCACUUUAAGGAUAACUCCAACCUCUACAUGGUGCUGGAGUACGUUCCCGGUGGCGAAAUGUUCUCGCAUCUGCGCAAGGUGGGACGCUUCUCGGAGCCGCAUUCGCGCUUCUAUGCGGCGCAGAUUGUGCUGGCCUUCGAGUACCUGCACUACCUGGACCUCAUCUACCGGGAUCUGAAGCCGGAGAACCUGCUGAUCGAUUCGCAGGGCUACCUCAAGGUGACGGACUUCGGGUUCGCCAAGCGGGUCAAGGGCCGCACCUGGACGCUCUGCGGUACGCCCGAGUACCUGGCCCCCGAGAUCAUUCUCUCCAAGGGCUAUAAUAAGGCCGUCGACUGGUGGGCGCUGGGUGUGCUCGUCUAUGAGAUGGCCGCCGGCUAUCCGCCGUUCUUUGCGGAUCAGCCCAUCCAGAUCUACGAGAAGAUCGUGUCCGGCAAGGUGCGGUUCCCGUCACACUUCGGUUCCGAUCUGAAGGACCUGCUGCGCAAUCUGCUGCAGGUGGACCUGACCAAGCGCUACGGCAAUCUGAAGGCGGGCGUCAAUGAUAUUAAGAACCAGAAGUGGUUCGCCUCCACCGACUGGAUUGCGAUCUUCCAAAAGAAAAUCGAGGCGCCGUUCAUUCCGCGGUGUAAGGGUCCCGGCGACACGAGCAAUUUCGACGACUACGAGGAGGAGGCGCUGCGGAUCUCCAGCACAGAGAAGUGCGCCAAGGAGUUUGCUGAAUUCUAAGAGAACUCUCCGCCAGCCAGCCUCUCGUUCCCCGUCGUUCUGCAGGCGUCUGCAUACAGGCAACUGCGCAACUGUAAUUGUAUCUGCUAUUGCGUUUGUGUCCUGCAACUGCAACUGCUCCCGCUGGUGCCACCGCUCUGGCGUGGCAUUGCGGACCUCGUCCUCAUCGUCGUCGUCGUCAUCAUUGUCGUCGUCUUGUCUAUAUAUAUGUCUACUACUUACAACUACAACUGUAACAACAGCUCCACUCCAACCAAAUCAACUCCUACAACUAUUACAUCUGCGUCUAGCUGGGCAAGUCAACUAUGUCAACUCCUGCUCCAAACAUCUACAAGUACAUACACAAAUUUUUGCAAACAUUGGAUUGCGCCACAAUUACCACACACCACAAUUUACAUAAACCAUUUCCCCCUCCGUCUUCAAAGUAGAAGAGAGCUCGAAAACUCGGCCCCGGAACAGUCAUUUCGAACUGGAAGGACAUGUGAAAACCUCUUCAGAAACCCAGGAGGAUAACGUAACAGAAACAUAACUACAACAAAUAUUCAUUCAUAACCAUAUAGCAUAUAUAACCGCGAGACUACAGAUAUUUAGUUGUAACGUAGCUUAGUCUUAACUGAAAGAGAAAACAAGAGAAAACCGAAGCAAACGGAAGCGAAGAGCGUAAAAGGAAAUCCAUCUAAGAGCCAGAAAAUUUCAUUACAUUUCAAUCGGUCGAUCUGUCGGUCACUCACUAAACACUGCAGUGUAAACGCUUUAAAAAUUUUUAAAUUAAAUACAAAAAAGGUUAAAUUUAACACAAAAAUUAUGGUGCACACAGUGCGCUUGACAAAAAAACAAACAAGGAAGCAGGCAGCUAAAUCUUACGAUUAAGCACAAGGUGUAAAGUGUGUGUGCGCGGGAGAAGAGCUGAUGAAACGAGUUUGAACCUUCAGUGUGUAAGAGAAAAAUAUAAAAAAAAAGAAGCCAAAACUCGCCCCAAAUGAGGACACUUGUCGGCCGGUACGUCCUCCGCCUUCCUCCUGCUAAGCGAGCUUGCGUUCCAAGUAGCCCCCGACGACGAUGAUUUGGCGUCUCUACCGUAGACAUGUCUCUAGAUAUUUAUAUAAAUAUAUAUAUAGAUACAUAUAUGCGUAUAUAAAUGUUGUACAAUCAGCGACGACGUGCAACAAUAAACCGCCCGCCCCCCAGAACUAGAAUCAGAGUCAGAAUCAGAGUCAGAACCUGAAACAGAACCAGAACCAGAGUCAGAGGACAUUAUGCUCAUGGACCAUUUCCACAGUGUCACCUACAAGUAAGGCACCAACUACACUCAUGAAUAGUUAUCCAUCCACAACACUCACACACACUCUACUCCACACACCAAACACUCAGAAGAAAUAUAUAAAGCAAAAAAGAAAAUUUAAAUGUUUACAUUUAAGCCACAUAAAACAAAACAAAAAAGAAAAUAACUUAAAAACCAAAAAAGUAAAAAAAAAAAUCAACUGAAAUUUGUGUGUAUAAAAACGUAUAAAACCUAGCAUUAAUGAACACGAGAUGAAGCAAGUAGUAGAAGACGAAGGAUGUCGACGGAGUCAAGUCUAUAUAUACACAAGAUUGAAGCAUUAUACUUACGAGAGCAGAACAAAAGAGAAUAUCACGUGCUAGAGAGCCGACUAAGUAUAAUUAUUUGGAAAUGAACAAGAAGGAGGAGUAGGAAGUGGAAAUGAAGCUAAAA